AUGAGUGAUACUGAGACACCAAACAUUGUUAAACAGUCUCUCGAAAAAUGGGGCCUAGGUUCAGCGUCGCCGGCAUUUGAAGAACUGCAGAUCGGAAACCGUGGACUCCAAAUGAUGCAUCGCGAGUUUGCAGUGCUCAUUUCGUGGAGGGGUGCAAAAUCAAAUAGUAUGCACGACAUUUCCUACAAUCCGACUAUUUUCCCAGAUGUUUACAAUCGUAAAACUCCGAAUCUGGAGAGAAUCGAUCGGUGGAAAAAACAAAAUUCUCGUAUGAAUGAAAUGUCACCAAGUACAUCAGCAUCAACUACUACAUCAGCAGAUUGGGAACUCGAUGAGGUGGAAACAUGUAGCAUAGGGAUCCAGACUGAGCCAUUGCGGGAAGACCAAUGUUUCAGCUCAAAUCCAAGUUUUUUAUUCUGCAGUCGUGAACCAUGCCGAUUAUCUGUUGACGUAGGAAAUCGUAUCCAGGAACCCCAUCAAGACAAAAUAAUUGCAUUUGAUGAAUACAAUGUUUCCAUUCAAACGGAAAUUUAUCUUCAUGAACCUCAACGUGGAAAAGUCAUCAUCCCUGAUAAAUAUUUGAGAAAAACGAAAGAUUCACGCUGUGGUCCCAAUGAACCGUCCGUACGAGGAUUCCACGGAUAUGUAGACAUCACAACGGAUGUUAUGAUGCGUCAACUUGCUGCACAGCAUAUCACCAAUCCAAAUUCGGUAUGUAAACUCACUGACUUCCACUUCGAUAAACUCUUUGGCACGUUCGAGGAAGUCAUAAUUUUCAAAGACAACUGGAAAAUACUCUGGACAGAGAUUGAAAAGGAAAGAACCGUGUCACAGGCAAAUAAAGAAAAUGUUUCGGGGGAGAAAAUUAAUGAGUUUGCUCUCAGGUGUCAACUGUUGGAAAAAGUAAAUCGUGAGCAACUUGAACGAAUUCUUCUGGCCAGUUGGAGAGGACCACUAAUCAUCGAAAAUUAUCGAAAGACUAAGGUCCUUGCAGAUAAGCACAGGCUUGCUCUGGUCGAAGAGAUUGUGUGGGCGUGUUUAAAAAUUUCGGUGGGAGGAUGGACGCAUGCACAUUUUUCUAAAAUUGCAGAAAACAUUUGCUCCAUUUUCGAAGAAGAGCAAGUUGAGACCUAUUAUACGAGCCACCAAUACUACAGAAAAACAGUAAAACUGGAAAACUCUAUACCUGCAUCUGGUAAAGUUCCCGAUAAAUUCAAAAACGAGUUGAAUGUGUUUCGUAUUUUGAAGGGAAUUAAUACGAAAUGGAAGCGAGAAAGAGACAACGUUGAUGCAUCGAAAAAACAGAGAUUGGAAGAGGAGUUGACAAAGGUGAAAGAGUCUAUUGAGUGGUUGCAGAUAAAUUACGCGCCUUUGGACGUCGUAGCCGAACGGUGGAAAGAGAGCAGUCCAUAUCGUAGACUUUGGCUCCUCGAACAAAGAAAUCCACUAGUAGACGCUAUUUUCACGGACUGGCCCAUCCUCAAACAACCAAUUGCCAGUACACUUAUAAAUAUCGAUUUUAUCGAUUUGAAAUUGACAGAAUUGACCUUAACUGAGAAAUCUUGGGAUGAUUUCUACUCAGCUGUACUGGAGAAUCGUCAUUUGAGACAGAAAGAUGAGAUUGGAAUUGACCUAUUGAACAGCAUUGCAAAGGAUUCUGUUACUGCAGAUGGACGAGUUCUUGCCCAGUUAUCUCUUCUUCCCCGUUUAAUCACACUGAAAGGAACGGUCAAAAGAGGCGCUGAGAAAGAGUCCGAUGUUUCGCGUGGGCGUUCUAUUGCAGAAGUUAAAGAGAGAAUCGUUGUGAUAGUGCGAACUCCAGCUGAGAUAACGGAAGUUCAAGUGAAAAGAAUAGCAAACGUAGGACGAAUCAUCGUGCAACCCUAUCUCAUUGUCGUUGCCGAAAAUCCUGUGGCACCUACAGAAUGUUAUGUUUUCGUCAAAGAUAAUCUGUAUCCUGUAGCUUCAAUGGUCGAAGCCAUAGAUAUUGCGUUCAAAUUCUAUCAUGUGCUCGACGGCCACUACCCUUCCGUCAAAGGUGAACGUCCUGUUCCAACUCUUACUACUCUUCUGUCAAAAAUCAGAAAUAAACUUCAGCCAGCAGUUAACGAACUUAUAGCAUCUCCUAAGCAGAUUUAA